CUGCAGAGAGUCAACAUGCUGCACUUAAAUGUUUCGUAAGCGUCGCAAUGUAUCGGAAUUUAUUGUGUUUGGUGCUUGGCCUAAUCGUGGGCAUACAGCUGACAGAGUUCUGGAACUAUGUGACCUACACGACAGUGGAAUAUGAGAGCACAGCCGUAGUGGCGAAUGCGGAGACGUCGCUGUCCGAAUGGCUUCAUCGCGAGACACGCGUAUUGUGCCUGGUGCUCACCAUGCCAGCAAUGCACAAGCUGAAAGCUGCGCAUGUUAAGGCCAGCUGGGGAGCGCGCUGCAAUAAGCUCAUCUUUCUGAGCAGUGAAGAUGACCCAGAGCUGGGUGCAGUCAAUCUCAAUGUAACAGAGAGUCGUGAGCAUUUAUAUGCCAAAGUGCGUGCAGGUCUUGCGUAUGCCUAUGAGCAUUAUAUAGAGGAUUACGACUGGUUUCUGAAAGCGGAUGAUGAUACCUAUGUUAUCAUGGAGAAUCUGCGCAUGUUUCUGUAUCCCUACGAUCCGGAGGCACCAGUCUACUUUGGUUAUCGCUUACGCACUACAUAUCCACAGGGCUACAUGUCCGGGGGAGCCGGGUACGUGCUUAGCCGUGAUGCGUUGCGUCGUCUGAAUCUGAUCGGUCUGAACAACACCAAGUAUUGCCCGCUGAACACUUUAGCCGAGGACAGACAGCUGGGCUACUGUUUGCUAAACCUGGGUGUGGUAGCUGGCGACUCAAGAGAUGAGCUGGGACGCGAACGCUUCUUGCCACUGAAUCCCAGACACCUAAUGCCGCGCAUACAGUCUGGCACCUGGCUGGAUAAAUACUAUUACUUUAAGCCAAAUAUUAGCGAUUGCUGUUCCGAUACCAGCAUUAGUUUUCACUAUACCAAAGCUCAUGACUUUGCCAUGUUCGAGUAUUUUCUUUAUCAAAUGAGAGUCCUGGGACAGGCAGUUAGUCCUAGCAUAUUGCCAGCGCGUUUAGAUUUCAAUCAGAUGGAACAUCAAUUGGCAUAUUGGAGCCAACAAAACUCGGAUAAUAAUGUUUCAUUAUUGGAUUGAAAUACAUAUGUAUAUGAAGUGAAAGCUUUAUGUGGAUCUUACAUUUAAAUUAAACAUGCAAAGAAGCGUCGUUAGAGUUGCUAAUCUACUGUUGUUUUUAAGCCUCAUACCACUAAGCUAGUACACAAUGCCUUGCCAAACUGUUCCGAUGGGUUUCUUGUUUCUUGUAUAA